AAGACAAAUGUCCAAUGAAAAAAAAAAAAUGCUAAAUGCAAACUCUUAUUCUUGCUAUUAUAGCCGUUGUUAAGCUACAAAAGCUUAAGGGGACACACAAUAUACUUCAUAUUGAAGCCAUGAGAAAAUAUGUUAUUUUUCUUCUCACUAUACAAUCCUGCCUGAUAAUUAAAUCAUAUUCUGAAUCCGUUAUCAGAAGACUUCCUGGAUAUUCCAAAGAUCUUCCUUUCAAAUUAGAAACUGGUUACAUUGGAGUUGGGGAGAAAGAAGACGUACAAUUGUUUUACUAUCUUGUUGAGUCGACGAGAAAUCCAAAAGAGGAUCCUUUGAUAUUUUUUAUACCUGGUGGUCCGGGGGCUUCCGCCUUAGUUACCUUCUUGUAUGAAAUAGGUCCACUUAACUUCAAUUUGGAUGAUGACCUAAAUAAUCUCACAUUAACAUUGAAUCCAAAUGCAUGGACACAGAUGGCUAAUAUCAUAUUCGUGGAUAUACCUGCUGGUACUGGCUUUUCCUAUUCAGAAACCAAAGAAGGAUGGAUUAGCAGUAAUAGUAUUCUAGCCAUCCAAGCUGUGGACUUCAUUAAAAAGUUUCUGAGUGAUCGUCCCAAAUUUUUGAGGAAUCCAUUAUAUAUAGCAGGAAUUUCUUACAUUGGCAUUAUCGUUCCCAAAAUCACUCUAGAAUUAUAUGAAGGUAACGAGCGUGGAGAUCAAACCGCAUUCAACAUUCAAGGUUACAUUCUUUUGAGUCCUUUCACCAAUAAGUUCACGGAUAUCAAUUCAAGACUUGAAUAUGCUCACCGUAUAGCACUCAUAUCAGACGAUAUUUAUCAGUCAGCCGUGAACAGUUGCCAUGGUAAUUAUGUAGACAUUAAUUCCGCAAACUCAGCAUGUUUAAAUAGUCUGCAAAGCUAUGAAGAGUGCACAAGCCAUAUUAAUUUGGAAAACAUUUUGGAACCAUUUUGCGACGAAAAUGAUCCCGCACUAGAUUGUGAAACUGAUUUUAACAAGGUCAUAACUAAAUGGGCGAACACCAAAGUUGUACAACAAGCUCUCAACAUUCGUCAAGGAACAAUUGGAAAAUGGGAAUUGAUCAACAAUACCUUGCAUUACCAUCAAGGAAAGAAUGACACAUUGUGUUAUUCUUAUGAUAUCUUUACUAGUUUUUCCCACCAUAAGGAACUUUCUAGUAAAAAAUGUAGAGCUUUGAUUAUGAGUGGUGAUCAUGAUUUAACAUUUCCAUAUGUUGGGGUUGAGCAAUGGAUAACGUCUCUCAAUGUGCAAGUUGAAGUGCCAUGGAAACCGUUUUACAUUGAUGGUCAAGUUGGAGGAUAUAUAACAAAAUAUGCCCAAAACGAUUAUUCAUUGACAUUUGCUACGGUUAAGGGCGCAGGACAUACAAUUCCACAUGACAAGCCUAGGCAAACCAUGGUAUUAACUCAAGAGUGGUUUUCCUCACAAACGUAUUCAAGCGAUUCUUAGAUGAAAUAAGAUGAGUUGUUACUCAUCAUCACCAAAUAUGUAAUUGAAGAAAAAUGGUCAUAUAUAUAUGCAAACUUUGUGCUUUAUAUUUAUUGUCAUCAAUGAAAGUUAUAAUCCCUACACAUCCUUAAGUUU